AUGCCUCGUUAUUGUUUGUUUGGUGACACUGUCAACACCGCGUCUAGGAUGCAGACAACGGGCAUGCGUGAGUAUGAACGACUCAACAUUGAUCAAUAUUUAUCCACCGUUGAACGAUAUCGAAAUCUGUUGACUGAGUAGUCCUGAAACAUAGCAUGACAGCGAGUUUGACAUGCAGCAGUCGAGGUCUGAUUCCUUGUGAUCAGUAAAUCUCGCCCUCUUUGUCGCAGGCCUUAGGUCAACUGAAAUGGGCUCCAGGUUAAAGUUGGGUAUCUACUAGCCUGCAUCGCAGAUAUUAUUUAAUCCCGGUUAGUAACGUCUGCGAGACCGCGGCGAUAUCCUUGAUCUGGGCCCACAACGGACUCAAUGAAUUACCCGAAAUGCGUUUUGAAUUUCCCUUCAACCUGAUUGGCAAAUUGACGAUGGCUUUUUUAACAGGCCAAUCAUGGCGUGUACUCAAAUCCUGGUACACAGGUUGGGGACCAGAACAAGGAUUUCGGCGCUGUUUCGCAGACGGACUUAACAAGAAGUUAAUUUCCGUCUGUGGUGCAGGCUAAGUAUCUACAUUUAGUAUCAGAAAGGCAUGAUAAUAGUAAACUUCGAAUGGCAAUGUUUUGUUUUUGAGAAUUUUCAAAACUUAACGGAGCAUUCAUUUAUUUUUAGCUCAGAAAAUUCAUGUCAGCCAAGAUACAAAGAAUUUGCUGAUUCAUCUGAGUGGUUAUACGCUAGAAUUCAGAGGACAUGUGGACGUUAAGGUAUGCAUAUAUAUCGUAAGCUGUUGCAUAUUUUAAGUUACAUCUAAGGUAACACUAAAUCUUUAAGCGUAAUUCCAGUUUUCGUUACGUAUCAAACGUUACACUUUCUUUAAAUAACUCCUACCCUCUUACUUUGCCAAAUGUAUGCAAACCCUCCUGAAGUUGAAUUCCAAGGGACCAUGUUCAAGUUCAGAAAGAGAAAUAAAAUUUCGUCGUUGCUUGUUUACGCUCUCCAUAAAACACAAAAUUAGGCCUUCUCACGUCGUAGUCGUGCAAAAACGGCAAAGAAGUGUACAAAAAAGUGUGAUGCACGAGCGAAGUUGUUUUUUUGCUCAUUAAUUAAACCUAUUGCUCUUUAGACGUUCUCCUUGCCGCGGGUCGCUGGAUCUUAAAGUCCCUUAUGUCACUCACAGUAACGGUCACGAACUAUGAUCCGACCAGACGGUAAAUAGCGAAGACUUAGAAGAAGAGGCUGCAACAACUAAGAACGUUACCCACUGUUAAGCUAAAAUAUGCAGUGUCACUUUCCAGUCUCAGAAAAAAGUGCAGGUUUUGCGCGGUCCUUUUUCAGUACAGGUUUCGCAGAAAGUUUUCGACCUGAGCAAUAUAAAGCGAUACAACCAUCGAUACAGCCUUGUCCUCAGGAAGGGCCCUGGGAACGAGGUUAAAAGCGACUGUCAAUAACGGUGUCACAGUGAUAUGGGCAUUCCCACGGUUUAGGCAUCCCUAUUUCCAAACCCCAGUGAUAUGGGCAUCCCCUGUAACCCUAACCCUAAACCUAACCUGAAUCGCUAAGGUAAUAUGAAAAGGGGAUGCCCAUAUCACUAAGAGGUUUGGGAACUGGGAUGCCCAAAACGCGGGGAUGCCCAUAUCACUAUAACAACGGCACUCAGUCCUCAUCCUGCAUUCGCCACUUUAGAAAGGACAAGGGAACCGAAGCCGAAAUGCGUCCCUCAAUUUUUUCUGGGACUGGCCAAUUCGCCAAUAGCCCACGUUCGAUAUAUUAAAAUUCUAACAUGACUCCGAGGCCUUCUGAUCAUUUUUCUACAUUUUGGUUUUCUUUCCUGUGCUCAAGUCUCUUUUGGGAGUUGCGAGACAAUGGAGUCUUGAAAAAUUGCAAUAUUGGCCCUAAAACCUCCAGCUCAUGUUAGAAUUCUAAAAAAUAUCACAGGUGAGCUAUUGGCAAUUUUUUUCGCCUGUCGUUAGUUUCGUCGUUAGUAAGUAUCAUGAAGGAACUAAUCAUCUCUAAUUCUCUUUUGCAGGGAAAAGGUGAAAUGAAAACUUACUGGCUGUCAAAACACAUGACAUAACUCAUUUGGUGUCGGUUUUUAUUCAAAGGGAAUAUUUAGUUAUUGGUUGUGACCAUCCUCCUGCAACUUAACGUUGCGUUGAAGAUGAGAGAUUAGCCGGAAAAUUCACUUGUUGCACUCGGCGUACGCGUAUCAUGAGGUUUUGGAAAAUUUCAACGGAGAUCUUUAUGUUCGAGGAUGAGAACGACUACGAGCACGAGAUUUGAUGUAGAGUUUUUCACGUAUUGUCCAAAAAUAGGCACCCCAAAAUGAUACAAUGUACUUUUUUUUUCACCAGAAAAGUUAGCGCUAUUAACAGUUAUCGCUGUUGAAGGAGUUAAACCAUCCCCCGAUCGCAAAAUUAAAAAAAGCUCUUAAUAUUUGAUGACUUCUCGCUGAAACUCGUUGUAGAAUGACAACGACUACCACGUUUUCUCGCCAAAAUGACGCUGUUCACGCACGCGCACUACUUAGUAUCGAGAAAAACUCUUACUCGUGAUCGUUCUCGUCUUAGAAUCUAAAAGGUCUCUAAUAUGUGGACGUAUCGUCAUUAGCUUGUAAUAUGAUUAUUACCUAGCAGUAGGGGAAACUGGUUAUGAAAGACGGCAAGCACCAAAGAUAAAAUCAACGGUGCUGCAAUUUAUGUUGGAAGCUAUCGCGCGGUGAACAAUCCUUUGUUUUUUGUUCAAAAAUCGUGAUGGAAUGCAUUAAUGCGGCGUGAUAGGAAUGCUAUUGAAAGUUGUGCACCUUCAACAGAAGUCUGACGGGCUUCAUAACCAUUCCACUCUAUUAACUAUGUUUAAAGCCGGAAAAUCUAAACUUCUCACUAAUUACCUUAAAUGUAGCUGAGAUUGAAAAGGUUGUAAUGCCUGUAAAUAUGUAAAUUACUGUACUACUGCUGUAUCAAGUCCCCCCUAACUAAUACUUGUGAUAUCUGGUUAAAUGACGUCAAUAGUACAGGCUGUCGCCAGACAAAAGACGGUACCCGAUAAGCCCUGGGAAAGAAGUUGAAUUAGCCUGGUUGUUUUCGUAGAGCUUGAGAAAUGGUGAGAAAUUUUACACCUUACGUGGAGAAGAAAUAGCCGAACGUCUGCCUGAAAUCAUAGCAAGAACACCGAAGAUUCAACGAAACGGAUUACAUCUAGCAAUUAUUUUAAAGUAUAAAUUAUUUUGAAUGAAUAAUAAAACAAUUACUGGGUUCAUCUUUCGUAUUAUCUGACAAAUUAUUUGUAUCUCGGAGGGUGUUAUCCGCCUCAGCAGGUCCAAUAAUUGCAAAAUUGCACAGUUUUAUUCAAUAACUGAAAUUAUUCCCGAUUACUAAGCAUAAAGGUUUUUUUUUUCUGACAAUACGUCCACCUUAGUAGUAAUUAGAGAUAAACGUCGGGUGGCUGUUUAAAACAUCUUGGAAAAUUACAUCGACAUAUAAGAGAUAUCAAAUCAGGAGAAAUCGUGGUAAAUACCUUCUCUUAAUAUUAUGGGUGACAAAUUACUCCUUGUUUUGGGGGCCAAAAUUUCAACUUUCAGAAUUUAUAAAGGAGAACGCCGAAGUUCAGUAUGUCUCCAGGUGGAUGGUACAUGUAGAUGUUACAACUGCAUGUAGGACACCUAAACACACAAAAGUGCAGCAUUUUUAACUUCAAGAUGGAGUUUAUUGGGUAGUUUGUCGAAAAACUCAGAAAAUUGUGAUCUUUACUUAUGCUUUAAACUGUUUCAAUACCAAUUUCAGGACACACGCACUGACGCAGACACUAGAGAGAUUAAGAGUCACGUUUACGACAAACGGCAAACGUGAGAUUCAAGUUGAGAAUUUCUCUGAACAGACAAUAAACAGAUAAAAUCUCUCCAGAACGAUUCUUAUGGAUAAAACUGGCGUGAAACUACUUUUUUUCGAGUAGAAGUAAUAAACAGUAAACUACAAUUAGAGCGGUUUUCAUUUGAGUGUCGAAAAGUAAUUGGUUUUGCACUUUCUACACGAUGCGAUUGGCUUAAAAGAUUCGCGCCACCUUUUCAUCCAAUCAGAAGUAAAACCAAAGCCAAUUGUGACGCGCUCGCAUGCAUUUUCCCGCGCUUUGCGUCAGCCACAUGUAAUUACUUCGAGUUUUGAUUGGUUCAAUGUAUUGUCUGUGUCCUAUGUGAUUGGCCAGAGUAAUUACUUUGGUUUUGGUUUUACGACACUCAAACGAAAACCACUCUAAGGGAAAAACUUGGUCAAGUGGGACAAAUUCACGUUUGACGUUUGGCGCAAACGUGAAUCUUCGACUCUCUACCACCAAUUCCGCGGUAUAGCCAGUACCUUACGCAUAUCACCCGGGAAGUGGCAGCCAAAUUGAACAGCUGUCUCGUCCUCAUUAGGUCGCAUCAGCAUGGUAUAGCGCCUCAGCAGUAAACGGCGGGGUAGAUGAUCGCAAGUGAGACCUCUCGCCAUGCCUUGCUGAUGAGUCUAUGGCUGCCACUGCGCAGGCGAUAUGGCUGUGCGCAUGCGUAAGGUGCUGGUUGUAUUGUGUGCUUCAGUGCUUCUAAUGAUGUGAAUUUGUCCUAAUCAAGGUUCGGGAAACUAAUUAUUAUUAUUAUUAUAUUAUUAGUAUUUGACAAAACUCAGGUGAAACUGUUUUCUAAUUUUCCUCUCACCAUUUGUUUACCCUGUCAAUAUUAGAAAUCGACGCUGGCUUGGCAUGCGGAGGCCAAUGGAAAUUUUUCGUCAGUUUUUAGAACCAUCUGGACUUUAUUGUCUCGAUCUCAUUAACAUGUAAAAAGAAUUUUUAUCUAAAGAAAAUGGGUUUUGAAUUGAAGGAUUACAUUAUUUUAACUUCAGUCAAUCCCUUUCAACACUGAAAACUUAAUUGUUCUUUUAAAAAGGAACCGCUUCAUAGGUUUCAUUUUUUAGAAACUUUCACCACGUUUAUCAUUUUCUGUUAAUAUAAUAUAUUAUGGUAGCAAUUACCAAGAAUUACAAUUUCAUAGGGUGCAUAAGCAAUUACUUUUUCUAUGAUAAAGAUGUUCUACUUGUUUCUUCCAUGUCAUUUUUGUUUCUUAAAAAGAAACUGUGAGGAAAAAAAUUAUGAGGGUUUAGAGUUUUCCAGCUUUUCAAGCCUAUUAAUUUUGCAUCCUGUCAAAUGCCUGGGCGGCUUUUAAAUAGUAGUUUCAGGAUCGAUUAAGUUGCCAUUUUGAACAUAAUUAGUUACCAUAUUACUACUAGUUAUCAUAAUUCAGAAAUGCAUCAAUUUCGUAUAAAAAUAAGGUCGCAAUACUUUCCUAAUUAGAAGCGCGGACAAAUAUUGUUUCUAUGGCAUAAAUUGCAACACGCAUUCAGUUAAAGCCAUCGUGUCUUUGUGUUAAAUUCAGACUUGUUGUGUCUUAUUUCUUUUUCCUCUGACUUUAAAAAUUUUAAAAACUUUCCUUCAUUUAGAAUUAGGGGAUUUGAAAAAAAAAAUUGCUAAUAUCUUAUUCCUAUUGUCAAACUCCCUCGGUUUUAUAGAAAACAAUAUUUACAAAUGUCUCUGUAGAUACCUUUCUUGUUAGACAAGUGGGGUCACAGAUCGAAUACUAGUGUAUUACAUUUCAAAUGUUUUGAUACACACAAAACUUAUUUUCCAAUUUCAGUUUUUCUAUCGCUACUCAUUUUCGGAGAAACCCCUUCUUAUAGGUUGCCGUUACUUUUAGACGGUUCCAAAAGCAUCACCGGUUUGUAAAAGUACACGAACUGGGAUGAAAACAUGAGAAGGCUUAAAGUUAGCAAAAAAUAAUAAACGAAUAUCAAAGGGACAAUCCAUUGUGUAAAAUAUUCUAUCAGUUCAUUUUGGUAGCAAUUAACUCUUUUCCCUUCAACACCCUCAUCCCCACAUCACGGAAGUCUUAUUUUCGCUUGGCUUGUUUUCGCGACGUUCCUAGCUAUUAUCCGAGAACCUGGCACAGGCUAUGGAGAGAGGGGAGGCUACAACACUCGACUCAUAUCAGUGCAGUCUAGGGCGUUUCAGGCUUAAAGCAGGUUAAAAACUAGAAUUGACCAACGGUGCUGAGUGCUGGCGAGAUCGAUCGAAGCUCAAAAUUCUCUUAUCACUUCCACGCUUCAUACAUUGUUGUCAGACAUACCUGCCGCGCAUGCGUAGAAGCAACUUAGAGAUUUAGGAUUGCGUGCUCCUGUCCAAAGUUAGCGCAAAAUUUCAACAUUAUUUCUGUAGGUUUGUUUUAGCCUACAAUUUGAUGUUUGAUUCCCUAAAAUAAUCCGAAAAAGUAACAGAGGCGAUGCUUUUUCUUUUUUCUUUCUUUCUUUUUUUAAAUGGAACAGGAACCCGGGUUAAUAUUUAUCCCGAGUUAGCGAUAAUCGGCCUUUUUGCAACGGGCUCCCACGUUGAUAUUCCAGGGACGUCGAAGCCAUAUGUCAGUUGAGGCUGUUGGAUAUUUUCUUUCCUUCAAGAGGUUUUUCUUUCACCAAAAACUUCCAAAUUAAAUUCUAAUUCGCUCUAAGACAUCAAAGAUUUGUUGAAGAACCUUAACAUAUAUGGUGGGUGAACUAUUUAACAUCUUGCAAAGUCCUGCCUUUUCAAGUACAAGUAUAAAGUUGUUACCUUGCGCAAUGACCAUUUUAUUGACCAUAUAUGGUCACACAGCUGAGGGUUAGGAGCUCUGACCAUUCUCCCUGAGCCAAUCAACAUGCAGGAAAUACAAUAACCAUAGUCCAGUUUUUUCCAUAAAAAAACAGUUAUUAUUUCAUAGACUUACUUCGUUUGAAUAUUUAACGAAUAUUGUACUAGGCAAAAAAAUUGGAGCCGAAACAUUUUUCUUGUGCUAGCCUUUGGCAGACCAAUAAUCAACUGAAGAAUUGUUUUUAAUAACUGAGACGAGAUGUUCCUCGCACUGUGCGCACAAUUGAUGAAUAUGAAGGAUUGAAUUGUCUAUCCUUGGACCUGCUCUUCGUGAAGCUAAAGCCCGCGGAAAACCUACUUUGUCGUAAAAGAGGUGGGUUUUGUUUCAGUUUGCCAAAGAGUGAUAAGAGAAAACAAUAUUAGAUUUAAGCACUGUUUCAAAUUUUUACCGAUAGUUUGCUCUCUAAAUCUUAAGGUCCAUGUUUGUUUUACACUAUUACUUAGUAUGUUUAGGUACUUUUCCCCCCAAGGACAUCCAGCUGUAAUAUUAAGGGAACGAGUCAUUAGUAAAUUUAUUAUAAUUACAAAGAUGUUCUCCUUGUGUGUUUUUUUAGAAACUGUAUUCGAUCUAGUUUUUAGCAAAGAUUGAGGCAGCAUUUAAUCAGGAUAAAAAAAUUUCUAAUGGAAAAAUAAUAUUACUUGUUCGACAAAGAUUAACGUGUGUUCAUAUCAAGCCGAUUUUUUGAAAACCAACCUAACGAAAUUUGCAGUCAUUUGAGUGAAAAGGCGUCAAAAGGCAGGCUUUUUGGGCCCGAUAAGCUGCAAAAUCACACUAACGAAGGAAAAGGAAAGGAGAAAAAGAAAGAGCGAGGACAAGGAAAGGAGAAGAAAAAAAAAGAAGCAAUGGUUGCACUCUUAAUUUCACAUAAUGGCUACUUUUGAGGUAGUUUUUGACCGUUUGGCGGUAACGUUUUCAAAAAUACAUACUCAUCACAAAUGAAGACACAUGAUGUUUUCUUCAACGUUUUUUUUUACCUUUGUCCAAAAUUAAAAUACGUAUAAAGAUGAGGUCGCAAUUUUUCUCCGAUUAAAGAGCGGGAAAACUGUUUUUAUUGCAGUUUCACCAAGCGUUCAGAAACUGAUUGCUAUACAAAUAGUUUAUGAUAACUUCACUUAGAGUCAUGAGUUAAAUUUAGGAUUGCUUUUUCUAUUCUAUUUAUUAAACCUGUUAAUGGUACAUCCUGCCAUCUGCCACUAUUUUUUUUGUCUUGAGUUCGUGCAAAAAUACGAUCACAUUGUUUUUUUCUCGGCUGAUUAAUGCGCAGGACAAAAUUGUUUUCAUGUAAAUUGUACUUUACCACGCAUUCAGAAACCGAUUGCCUGCUGUGCAUCGAUGAUGACACCCCCACUUAAAGUGAUGCGUUAAAUUUAGUGUUGCUGUUUGUAUCUAUUUUUUUUAUAUUUUGACUGGAAAACUUUCAAAAGUUUCCUUUAUUUAGAAUAAACAGGUUUUUGGAAAAGAAUGGAAAAAUGGCGAAUGAUUUUUUCGAUUUUUCUUAAACCUCGCGUUCUAGCAGGUGCCAAACUGUAAGUCGCCUUUUCAUACUAAACAAUCUUUUCAAACUCUUUACAAGAAUCACUGCAAAUUUCGCGUGGACAGCUGUAGUGUACUCAGCUCAGUCAUUUUCAAUUGUUUAACUGAGCCAACUGGAAACUUCUAUAAAUUGCGAAAAUUUAUCUUUGUGAAAACCAACCAUUAUAUUUUCUUUUAUGGUACAUAGAGCUGCGCUUGAUAAGCUAGUUUGCCGACUAGUCGAGAUUCGCGAAAUGUAAUUUUGGGUGAUUAACUGUUAAUUGUCGUUCCGCGGAACUUAUAAACCGAUCCAGAACUACUGACUCCGGCAUUUACUUUGAACAAGUAAAUCCUUCCCUCAACAGUUUGUGGCUUUAAUACUGAUCGAACUAGAUAUCUAUGUGGUCUUCUUCGAGGGGAAGAGCAGAAACCAUUUUCUUGUAUUCCUUACUUAUUCUAACCUGUUAUCAGGCGUUUUUUUUCGGGGAAAGAGGAAAAAAGAAAGCCUUAUACAUUUACUUCACGGGUCGUCAGCUGCUGCCCCUUUACUAAGGUAUCUGUCAACAUUUGUGUUAUUAAAUGGCAGUUUGCAACGGAGGCGGCUAUCAUCGAAAUAUAUUUAUCUGCUUUCCAGCAGGCAAGCGGUGAAUGUUAAGUUGAUACAGUAGUCGUUAGCAAAAAGAUCACAGAUUUUGAAUACUAAGUUAGCAGUGCUGUUAUUGCAAAUCUUUCCUUAUCGUUGCCGUGUGGUACCUUUUUUCAAACCGUCAAGUCAAACAAAUUAAUAAUUCAUUGAAAACAAUUGGGGAGCAAGGCAGAAUUCUGUAUUUUACUGGAAGUGGUCAAACGUAUAGGGAAUUUAUUCUGCGGCAACAAACCUUUCAUGGUCUUUCAUCAGUUCGCAAAAGGGCGGACUUAAAAUCGUCGAAUAAUUAUUUUUUUACACCCUUUCACGCAGUUGAACUCGAUCGGAAAUCAAACACAACAACUCUGCGUAGUGAGAGCAAGAAAGCGUCGAAGAAGAGAUAGCGGAUAUCCUUACCGGUAACAAAUAACAACUCGUCCUUAUCCCAGCUGUCGACGUUUUUUGCUGUUCAUUGUUGACUUGAUUCAUUAAAAAGUAUUGAUUGUUUUUCUUAAGACCUAGUUAAAUAGACGGCGAGCGGUCUCUCUUUUUCUAUAGAUUUAGUAAGGGGAGUGAACGCGCGCGAAAGCGUCGAGCGUGGCAGCCCGUGAGACGCAAGAAACGAGGACGACAACCUUCAAUCAUGCGCGUGGUCAUUUGCGUGUCUCAAGCGUUUUGCUCGACGGACCAAGAAAAAAAGGGAGACUGCUCGUAGUCUAGCUGUUAAAAGAAUUCCUCGAUCAUCUCGUGGCUUAUGUCAGGAAGAGACGAAGGUGACAAAACCUACCUAAUAGCACAGGAAGUCAGAUCUGUUGCUUGACCAAUCGGCACAGGGAUCCGAAGGAACUUUUGUUUUUCGACCAAUCAGACAACAGUCCAGAUUCUGGACGAGGCGCAGACCACACGUAAAGUAAAUUUAUUAGGCGUCCUUUUCCCCUCGUCUCCCAAACAAAAGUGAGGAAGGAUCGCCUAAUGGCAGGUAUAUUCGUACUAACUGAGUAAACUGAUGACCGAAGAAAAUCUGUUUUAUGACUUAUCCUCUUUAUUACAUUCUGAUAGUUCUGAGGGCUUGAGUCCUUCCUGGCUCUUCCUAAAUUCUGCGCUACGUAGGCAAAACUUCCUCAUUUUGGCCUUUAACCUUUCUCUUGGGAAGUUUAUUAAUUAUUAGUAACAUUACUUUUUAAAACACUCUCGCCGGGAUAAAAUCAUGCAGAAUGCCAAACGCUCUAGGUACCCAAGUGCGGAAAUCCAAGUUACUCUAAGUGAUAGUUUGAGCAACUAGUAAAUGACUAUAGGUACGUUUUGUAUUUUAUUAAAUUCUAUAGCUUAAGUCUGGUUAAUUAAUUCUUCUUUUGUCACGAUAACGCCCAAUUUAUGAAUUGGUCGGUGAUAGACUAAAGUUGCUGUUUUGUUUUGGUUUUUCUUGCGAGACCGUCUUCACCGAGAUACGUGUCAUUGAUAUGUUUGGAGUACAAGUAUCAUCUUCCAGGUUCGUCUCGGGAGUGGUUUGUAUCUCCUCCUCGUAGAUUUUCUCAUUUCCCGAACUAUUUUCAUAGGAGUGAAAAACUUCAUUUCACGUAGGUUGACAUCAAUGAAAAAAAAUUAUAGACUGAAAACCUAUAAAAUAUUUGCUACUAGAUAUUUCAGCUAAAUCGCGUAGCUUUCACCAGUCGAAGUGAGUGCAUGGUUACAUAGCAGUCAUGUGACCUCAGGACGGCCGUUGCAAUCGCUACUUUUGAGAUAUACGGCUGAAAAUUUACAGGUUACCUCAUUUUAAUAUGCUCUUUCAGCCUGUGCGGACAAAAUUUUUCAAAAGCAAAUUGUUUUCGUAUUUACCGAAAAUUGAUCUCGUGAUCAACUAAAUGCAAAAGGCCUAUUGCCUCACAAAUGUUUCGUAGUUCUCGCUCUCCAUCACGUUUAAAUACCGUUUAACCCUCGGACGUACACGCAAAGUCAUACGCCCACCGUGGUACAAGGGGGAGGGAGGGGGGUUGAUGGAGCCCCCCUUGAGUUUUUGAGGCUACUUAUGACGUCAUAUCUCGUAACCAUAGUAACUGACCAUCAUAAAACCUGCCUCAAAAUGCGCGCAAGGGAUAAAUGAACAGCUACAGAAAACUUCAGGUGCUGGUGUUUUAUCGUCUAGGAAAAAAAUCAGAACAACCUUAGUGGUGGUGGCAACCUUCCCCCCGCCCCCCUUGUACGUCCGAGGGUUAAAUUUGAACUAGGUUAGAGGAUACGGCUGAACAUUUUCUAUUACUUGAGGAAGGCUAAUCAAUCCUAGAUGGCCAUUGCAUUUAUGUACAAUUUUCGAAGUUUAUCUAAUAAAUUCCCUCAACCCCCAGGUCAGGCUACCUUUCGUAGAAUAAAGGAAACUAGAAUUUUCGGAUUUAAAAAUGUGAAGAGAGCAAUCAUAAAAAUUCUCACUUUCGUAAUACGUUAAAUUGCAUCUAAAAUUUUCGGGGAAAAAAUAUUUAAAAGCCCCUGUAAUUUCGAGGAGACUCAAGUUCCCCUAGGAUGACCGAACACUCAGGUACAAAUUUUAUAGAAUGCAUUUCUAGAUAUUUUAAAGUACUCUGGAUAGCCUAAGAAGUGUGUUCAAUGUAUUUAGGAGGAAACCGACGUCGUUGGGUGCUCCUGAUUUGAUUAUAUGAGCAAGUGACUCCUGCUAAAUACGUUCUCCAUGGUUCUCCGCUUCAGUCGCACUGACUUAAUCCAGAUAGUUCCAGAGCAUGCGACUGUUUUUCCGCAGAGUUUCACGCUUUUUCACGAGUGGAAAGUUUCACUGAUAUUUAGAAAAUCGCCUCUGACUUUAUCUCCAACUUGUUGAUUAGCUUUCAUUUGUUCUUCAGUGGAUCCGGUCUCAGUACUUCUGAUAGCAGAUGGCUGUUCGCAGAUGGCCUAUGGACCCUAUGAAACGAAUUUUAAGUAUGGAUGUCUUUAAAAGGAGAGAAAAAAAAUACAUUUUCCCCUCUCGUUGCCAGGUGAAAAAAAAUUAAAUUUUUUAAUUUACCUUGUAGAGAAGCGUUGUCAUGGCAACAAGUGUGAAAGUGAAUCCUACACAGUCCGAGCCUCAGCAGCUGGUCCUGCCCACCAGAAACCUUUCUCGUGGACAAAGGCGCCGUCGGAUAGCAGUGAUGACGGCUAUGUGUGUCAUUGCCAUUACUGGUUUAGUAGUUGUGUCAAUUUUGGACAGUGUUAAAGCAAGAGAGAAAGGUAUCAGGUUACGAAACUUACAGUCUAGUGUAAAUUUAAGCAUUAAAGUCGCAGAGCUUGUCCAUAGACUACAAAUUGAGCGAGGGUCAAGGGUUAUGCUGGGGAGUUCGAGUGGAGAUGCCAGCGUGGAUGAAAAGGUACAGGACGCAGUAGGUUUGACAGACGAGGUGGCAAAAAAUCUGGACACUUGGCCGCAAGAUUUGGAGAAAUACCCAUUUAACAGCAAAGAUACAUUUAUGACACUUCUCAACAAUCAUCGCCAUGGUAUUAAAAAUAGCACCAUUGAAAACGAGAUUCUCUUUUACUCCAGUAUUAUCUCCAACCUGUUUAACUGGUCCUUCCAAAACGUUCUUUUGUCCGAUUACGAUGAUCUACCAAAGUUUAUAAGCUACGAAAUACUACUAAUGGGAAAGGAGAAAACAGGCAUCGAACGCGCGCUCGGGGGUUCCUAUUUCAUUCAAGGCCAUUUCAAUGAAACCGAAAAACUCCUAUGGUUUGCCAAAGAAAACUUUCUUGGAAAGGAAAAAAUAAAUUUUAGCUUGACGUUAGAGCCUCGCAUGAAACGUUUCUACCAUAAGGCAUUGAACAAGACACUUUUGUCACAGAUCGAAGAGAAACGAGAAGUCAUUUUGAGCAAUAAAAAACAAGUCCCAUCCGUUGAUUCGGGGAUAGAAUGGUUCGAUCUCAUGACGAUUUACAUAGACGGGUUGCUUGAUGUUCAGCAGCAACUUGGCACCUUGAUCCUCGAAGAAGUUACAGACCACGUCAGUGAAAGCGACCGCGAUUCGAUUCUCAAGCUUCUGGUGUUUGGUUUUGUUGUUCUCAUUUUGAUGCCAUUUUUUGUGUACAGCGUUUAUACGAUCCAGGCCUACGCUGCCAAGCUUCAUCGAAUUACCAAAGAUCUUAAAGAAGAGAAAGAAAGAGCUGACACACUACUCUAUCAAAUGCUGCCCCACCCAGUGGCAGAGCAGCUAAAGAGCGGAAGGAACGUGACAGCAGAGCAGUUCGAAAGCGUGACAGUCUUCUUCAGUGACAUUGUCAACUUCACGCAAAUAUGCGCCAGUAUUUCGCCGAUGAAAGUUACGCAGAUGUUAAACUGGCUCUACGGACUCUUUGACAAUCAAAUCGACAAAUACGACGUGUAUAAGGUGGAGACGAUUGGUGAUGCUUACAUGGUGGUGUCUGGGCUUCCAGAACCCAAUCAAGAUCACGUGGUUCAGAUAGCCUCGAUGGCACUUGAUUUGGUGGGUCUUAUGGAAGGAUUGAGUCCAGCUGUGAGCGAAAUCGAACGUGGUCAUCUUUGCGUGAGAAUUGGCAUACACACUGGUAAGUUUUAUCCCGAACCGAAGUACAGUAGAGGUCAAAAGUACAUUAAAUCGUUUCAACUACCGUAUUUACUCGAAUAAGCGUUGUCUCUGAUUCAGCGCUGCCCUCGAAUAAGCGCAGCAUUUAGGAUAAAAAAGAUAAGUGCCGCGGCCGUGAUCAAAAUCAAAAGACUUUAGAUCUGUUAGUUUGAUACGGAAAAUAAUAAUACCGUAAUUGAUACAAUUCCUUGACGCGUCCAACUUUCGAAUAAGCGCCGCACUUAAGGCGUAAAAACUCUAAAAAGCGCCGCGGCGCUUAUUGGAGUGAAUACGGUAAUCCUUACAGGCGCCAUCACGCACGACUCUCUUCCUUGAGACCAUUUAUUAGGAAAAACUGCCCACUUACCCCUCCCCUAAACCAACAUUAACACUUAGUUCUUUCUUAGGGCAAAAUGUUGGCUUAGGGAAGGGGUAGGUGGGCAGUUUCCUAGAAACGUAAUAUGAUCCUAUUUAAGUUUCGCGUGAGACUGGGUCGGUGUCGUAUCGAAUUGCACCAUGGGAAUGUUCUGGGGUCGUUAUUGCUUCUUUUAUUGACUAUUACAAGGUUGCGCGGGAAACUAGUUAAGAAAAGUCCUCCCAAACAGUCCUAAAGAUGAAUUCAACACAACAUGACCCAGUAGUGGCUGGGGAUCAAUUUAGGUUCCUGGAAAACUGCCCACUAACCCCUCCCCUUAGCCAACGUUUUGCCCUAGGUGAGAAGUAAUUGUUAAUGUUAGCUUAGGGGAGGGGUAGGUGGACAGCUUCCCAGAAACCUAAAUUAAUCCGCUUCGAGUUCAUUUGGAAGGGUAGAUGCAGCCAGAUUAAUUCACAUUAACAGGAGCCCAUAACUUGGAACAAGCAACUUUCAUUUACUCGUGACACUGGGUUUUUACCGACCAGUUUAUAUUUAAAACAAUUUGGGAGCGAAUUAAGAAUAUCCUUCAAGUCCCAAAAACCAGUGAACGAAACUUACAGACCUGAAAAUGGUAAUUAAGGAAUUAAUAUUAAAUUAAUAUUAAGGACGCGUACGUUUUAAGGACAUAACCUAUGUUCUUAAGAAUAUCAUCUAUCAAUGAAAUUUUUCAGGCCCUUGUGCGGCAGGAGUUGUGGGAAUCAAAAUGCCUCGUUAUUGUUUGUUUGGUGACACUGUAAACACGGCCUCACGGAUGCAGACAACAGGAAUGCGUAAGUAUGAGUGAUCCAACAUUGAUCAAUAUUUGGCCAACGUUGACGACCAGGCUUAAAACAGCGGCGCGGUAACUUCUUAAAUAAUGAUGUCUGUGUUGUAGGCAUGAGGUCAAUAGGGUCGGGCCAGUUCAAGCCCCACGCCAGUCAUAUGACAAACUAACUGAUAGUUCGGUAGACAGGGUAGAGAAGGGCUGUAAUGUCGCAAUUUUUAAAAAUCGAUAUCAUCCCAUAAAUCAAUAUCCGUCGCAAUUUGUUAUAAACCAUGUCACACACAAAAAAGCGGUCGCAAUUUGCAAGAACUGGUCCAUUCGCAAUUUGUAAUAAACUAAGCUGUCGCAAUCGGAUUAGCAUGAGCGGUGCUCACCUAUAUCGAAGAGCACCCUUUAAAAAUAUGUUUGAAGGUCAACACUAGUUUUCAUCUAUUUUCAGCCCAGAAGAUUCAUGUAAGCCAAGACACUACGAAUAUGCUGACUCAUAUGUGUGAAUUUACGUUGGAGUUCAGAGGCUUUGUCAGCGUUAAAGUAAGGUUUUGUUCAGCUUUUACAUUUCAGUGA